ACACGAGACAGAAAAAAUAAACCGUUGCUAUUUCAUACAUAUGAACAUGUUAUAAGCACAAAAGGUUUAUGCUUUUAAAUUCUCUUUAAAAACUAGUUUGUAAGUAGUUCAUGGAACUUGUCUACUUCUGUGUGAUAAUGGAGUUACAACAGGGCUCGAUUUUUUCGGUAUUUAGAAUACACUUUACCUCUAUAAUAAUGGACAAUUCCAAUAUGGCAGCGCUCAGUUAUACAUGUGCACUUCGAAACGCAAUGCGGAUUUUGGCCUCAAAAUCUCGCAAUUGUGAUUUGUUAAGCAACAAAUGGGCUGGCAGACCCCAAAGAAACUUACAACAUCACAGACGAUGUCAAACUUCGCAAUUUUCGACCUGUACUUUUUCGCUUGCUGAGCAGAAGCAGAGCAGGAAUUCGCUGUCUGACGACAGCCCGAGCGGUGCGAGCACCCUACCGCUCAGUGUGUUGUUGAAACAGGCAGAAGAUAAAGUGAAGGAGAAGCAACAAGACGACGAACAGCGGAAGAAAGAACGCAAGGAGAAAUUCGCUCGUUACCAGAAAUGGGCACUGGGCAUCACCGGUGUUAUGCUGGGUGGGGCAUCCCUCCUAACACUGUAUGAACUUGGUCAACCAAAAGUAGAUGAACGUGGAAAAGCAAUUCCAGAUGAGUUUUCGGACCAGUUCAUUCUAGUAGCUUACAUUCAGCGGGCUUUCAAAGAAAUGAAGGAAUAUAGAACAAUGAUAGUGGAACCGUCGGCUCAGAAGCUUCUCCCAGACCCCCUGACGGAACCCUACUACCAACCACCGUACACCUUGGUCCUAGAGAUGACCAACGUGCUAGUGCAUCCAGAGUGGACGUAUUCCAAUGGGUGGCGAUUCAAGAAACGUCCCGGUGUAGACUACUUUCUUCAGCAGGUUGGACCACCUCUAUUUGAAAUCGUCAUCUACACCUCUGAGCAAGGAUUUACUGGCUAUCCCCUGAUUGACAACCUUGACCCCAACGGCUACAUCAUGUACAGGCUGUUUCGAGAUGCCACUAAAUACAUGAACGGUCACCAUGUUAAGGACCUGUCGUGCCUCAACAGGGACAUGUCAAAGGUCAUCUUUGUGGACUGGAACGCCAAGUCCUAUUUGCUACAGCCACAAAACGCCUUUGGCCUCAAGAAGUGGGAAGGGAACGAUGAUGACAGAGUGUUGGUGGACUUGGCAGAUUUUCUCAGAACGAUAGCCGCUAGUGGGGUGGAGGAUGUCAGACCAGUGUUGGAGCACUACAAGCAGUUUGACGAUCCCCUGGGGACGUUCAAGGCAAACCAAGCCAGACUACAGGCAGAACAAGAGAGGGCAGUGCAGCAGGCAACAGAGGGUUCUGCCAAAGCGAGCAGUUUGGCAGGCAGUUGGACACAGAGGCUGAGGGGAAGGUAGAAAUGCAGGUUUUGGUAAAUGCUGCAUCAAGGGGUGUGAGAGGGGAUGUUUUAUUCUGUAGUCACAUACUGUGGUCAGCAGGACAACUUUGUAAAUUACCUCUAUGCUGUGGGAGUCCUGCACAUUGUCUUACACUAGCCAGUGAUGUUCAUGAAGAAACUCGUAUAAUCUAUAUGUGCACAUCACCCUUUCCACCUACUAACGGUGAGCAUUGUUACCUCAAAUUACAAUUCAUAAAUGCCUAACACAGUCUCCCUAUUCAACAUCGUGUACAUUGACCGUGUACUAAUAUUUGAUAAUGCCCACUGAGAAGUGAUAAUGCUUGCUGCGUAAAUUGCACACUGAUGCCUGGAUAUGAGGAGUUUAAUUGAUUCUGAUUGGUCAAGUGUCUGUGUGCACACGGCUUGCCGUGCGGGUGCCGAGUCCAUAUUAGGAGAUUCGUUUGGACAACUUGCACAAGGGAUAUACCAUAAAAUGGACAGGGGUGUUCGGCAAAAUGAAAGUAAAAUUCUGUUAC